GAGCGGCUCUUUGCUUGCGACCACACCAUUCCCUCCUCGGUUGGAGAUUAAGCGUUUUUGUAGCGGUUAUUUUCAGUGUACAGAUCGGAUAUUCCUGACCGAACGUUGAAAGCAAAUAGAGUUACCGCAACUGGGUCACAUCCCCUUUUAUUUCUCUUUCAAUAGCUAAUAGCUUGACUACCAUAGACUAUGGUAGAUUAUCACGCUUCUAAUAGUCAAGCAUCGUCUGGAGGUCCAGCCAUUUACAUGGACCCAAGAGAACAAGAAAAUGACUGGGACCGGGACCUGCUGCUGGACCCGGCCUGGGAGAAACAGCAGAGAAAGACGUUCACGGCCUGGUGCAACUCUCACCUGAGGAAAGCAGGCACGCAGAUCGAGAACAUCGAGGAGGACUUCAGGGAUGGCCUCAAACUCAUGCUCCUGCUGGAGGUCAUCUCAGGGGAACGGUUACCUAAGCCCGAGAGAGGCAAGAUGAGGGUCCACAAGAUCAACAACGUUAACAAAGCGCUGGACUACAUCGCAGGCAAAGGAGUUAAGCUUGUGUCCAUUGGCGCGGAGGAAAUUGUGGAUGGCAACGCUAAGAUGACCCUGGGCAUGAUCUGGACAAUCAUCCUCCGUUUCGCCAUCCAGGACAUCUCUGUGGAAGAGACCUCUGCCAAGGAGGGCCUGCUCUUGUGGUGCCAGAGGAAGACCGCGCCCUACAAAAACGUCAACGUGCAGAACUUCCACAUCAGCUGGAAGGAUGGCCUUGCCUUCAACGCUCUGAUCCACAGACACAGACCAGAGCUCAUUGACUACGACAAGCUAAGGAAGGAUGACCCCUUGACCAACCUGAACAAUGCCUUUGAGGUGGCUGAGAAGUACCUGGACAUCCCCAAGAUGAUGGACGCUGAAGACAUCGUGGGCACACUGAGGCCCGACGAGAAGGCCAUCAUGACCUAUGUCUCCUGCUUCUAUCACGCCUUCUCUGGUGCCCAGAAGGCUGAGACUGCAGCCAAUAGGAUCUGCAAGGUGCUGGCUGUCAACCAGGAGAAUGAGCACCUGAUGGAGGACUAUGAGAAGCUGGCCAGUGACCUGUUGGACUGGAUCCGCCGGACCAUCCCGUGGCUGGAGAACCGGGCUCCAGAGAAGACCAUGGCCGAGAUGCAGCAGAAGCUGGAGGACUUCCGGGGCUACCGCCGCGUCCACAAGCCCCCCAAGGUGCAGGAGAAGUGUCAGCUGGAGAUCAACUUCAACACCCUGCAGACCAAGCUGAGGCUGAGCAACAGGCCCGCCUUCAUGCCCUCUGAAGGGCGUAUGGUGUCGGACAUCAACGGGUCGUGGCACAACCUGGAGGGGGCGGAGAAGGGCUACGAGGAGUGGAUGCUCAACGAGAUCCGUCGCCUGGAGAGGCUGGACCACCUGGCUGAGAAGUUCCGUCAGAAAGCCACCAUCCACGAGUCCUGGACUGAUGGUAAGGAGGCCAUGCUGACCCAGAAGGACUAUGAGACAGCCAGCCUGUCGGAGGUCAAGGCUCUGCUGAGGAAACACGAGGCGUUUGAGUCUGACCUGGCCGCCCACCAGGACCGCGUGGAGCAGAUCGCCGCCAUCGCACAGGAACUCAAUGAGCUGGACUACUACGACUCCCCCAGUGUGAACGCCCGCUGUCAGAAGAUCUGUGAGCAGUGGGAUGCCCUGGGGUCUCUCACCCAGAGCCGCAGGGAGUCUCUGGAGAGGACAGAAAAGCAGCUGGAGUCCAUUGACGAGCUGUACCUGGAGUACGCCAAGAGGGCGGCACCCUUCAACAACUGGAUGGAGGGGGCCAUGGAGGACCUGCAGGACAUGUUCAUCGUUCACAACAUCGAAGAGAUCCAGGGCCUAAUCACAGCCCAUGAGCAGUUCAAGUCCACCCUCCCAGAGGCCAACAAGGAGCGGGAGGCCAUCCAGGCCAUUCAGGCGGAGGUGCAGAAGAUUGCCCAGUACAACGGCAUCAAGCUGAGCGGGGGCAACCCCUACACCACCAUCACACCCAAGACUAUCGACAACAAGUGGGACAAGGUGGAACAGCUGGUUCCCCAGCGUGACCAGGCCCUGCAGGAGGAGCUGUCCAAGCAGCAGUCCAAUGACCACCUGCGCCGCAAGUUUGCCACCCAGGCCAACAUUGUCGGGCCCUGGAUACAGACCAAAAUGGAGGAGAUUGGGCGGAUAUCCAUUGAGAUGAAUGGAACUCUGGAGGACCAGCUGGUGAACCUGAGAGAGUAUGAGCAGAGCAUCAUAGAGUACAAGCCCAACAUCGACCAGCUGGAGGGAGACCAUCAGCUCAUCCAGGAGGCUCUCAUCUUCGACAACAAAUACACCGCCUACACCAUGGAGCACCUGCGGGUGGGCUGGGAGCAGCUCCUCACCACCAUCGCCCGCACCAUCAACGAGAUCGAGAACCAGAUCCUGACCCGUGACGCCAAGGGCAUCAGCCAGGAGCAGCUGCAUGAGUACCGCACUUCCUUCAACCACUUUGACAAGGACCACAGCGGGGGCCUGAUGGCUGAGGAGUUCAAGGCGUGUCUGAUCAGCCUGGGCUACGAUGUGGAGAAUAACAAAACGGGCGAUGCGGAGUUUGCCCGCAUCAUGGGCAUAGUGGACCCCAACAACAGCGGCGUGGUCACCUUCCAGGCCUUCAUAGACUUCAUGUCCCGGGAGACCACGGACACCGACACAGCCGACCAGGUCAUCGCCUCCUUCAAGAUCCUGGCUGCAGACAAGAACUUCAUUAUGGCUGAGGAGCUGAGACGUGAGCUGCCUCCAGACCAGGCGGAGUACUGCAUCGCCCGCAUGGCGCCCUACUCGGGCCCCGACGCGAAGCCUGGAGCCCUCGACUACAUGUCCUUCUCCACCGCCCUCUACGGGGAGAGUGACCUCUAAGAGCACACCACACGAGGGGGAGGGGGACGGGGACGGGUCUAGCCUGCAGUCACUGGGAGAAGAGGGGAGUGAGUCUGAAGCCAGUGGUUUGAUUGGCUCUGUAGAAGAGGGAGGGGCUGCAGGUGGAGGGUCCUGGGAAGUGAUUAGUGGACAGCGCUACUGCUCCCUCUAGAUUCUGGUCCCGCAGUGCCCCUGAGUGUGCAGGUUUUCAUCUGGUUGGCCAACUUUAUCCUCAACUUUGUUCACAGAUCAACUACAAUCAAAUGCACAUCAUGUUAUGGGGUGAAAACUAGCAACCACAGGUGCACUUCUGGGUCAGGACAGGAUUGGAACACAAGUCCCACCUUCACCCUCUGCCUUGGAGAUGGGGGGGGGGCACGAGCUAUUCUGAUUCUUAUACUACUUUUUUUGUUUAUUUUAUUUGAUCUUGCUGGGGGGUGGGGUGGGUGUAGAGUUUGCGUAUUAGAAC